AUGUCAUCAAAAACAUUUUUAAAAACAACAUCUGCACGAUAUAAUAUUAUUACAAUAGAUGACAAUGAUGAUACAAAAGGACAACUAGCUUAUUUUGGAAUAGAGAAGGGUUUAGCAGAAUGCAUUAAUGUUAAAGAAUAUAAAUCAGAAGAGAUAUGGCUAAUAUUCAAUUCUGAUGGACUUCCAUUGUUCAAAUCUGGCCCUGGAGAAUUUUGGCCAAUCUUAUGUAGAAUUUAUAAUGAUCCUGAUGUUUAUGAUCCUUUUCCUGUUCUUAUAUACCAUGGAAAUUCUAAACCAAAAGAUUUAGAAGUUUAUUUAGAUGAAUUUAUCAAUGAACUAAAUUCGAUUUUAGAAAAUGGUAUUUCGAUAUCUGGAAAAAAAUUUAAAGUUUUGAUUAAGUGUUUUACAUGCGAUACGUUAGCCCGCGCAUUUUUAAAAAAAUGUAAAGGUCAUACUGGAAAGAAUGCUUGUGAACGUUGUGUUGUUGAAGGGAAAUCAUCUGAAAAUCGUAUGCCAUAUUCUAAAAUUGAUUGUGAAGAAAGGUCUGACACUUCAUUCCGUAAUAAAACUGAUUCUGAACAUCACACUGGAACAUCUCCCUUAGAAAAAAUAAAGCCUAAAAUUAAUAUGGUGCAAAUGUUUGUGUUGGACAUUAUGCAUCUCUUGUUUCUUGGAGUUAUGAAGAGGCUUCUUUCAUUUUGGACCACAGGCUCCAACUUUAAUGUUAAACUUGGCAGAAACCAGAUUAAUGAAAUUUCUAGGCGCAUGAAUUACAUAUGA